UCUUGGUUUCCUGUCAUACGCUGAUGCCACACGCAGAGAAUUAUGAGAGGAUACAAAAUGCUUCUUUUCCUGAGUUGUAUUAUUGCAGGAAUCACAGCCAAGGACCCUCCAGUGAUGCAUUACGGAAUGAAAAGCAGCUCAAUAUGUCUAGAAGUUGGAAAAUUAACAUCACAUCGCAGUACUAAAUGGAAUUUUGGUGACACAGUAAUAGUUGAUGAUCAGGGCAUCAACCCCAGAUACAAAAAGAAAGUGAAGUAUAAUUCUGAGACGAGCACGCUGUGUUUAAAUAAACUGACUGAGGCAGACGGCGGCACCUAUUCCUUUUACUCUCACGACGCAAACUUCACUUCAUCAACUAAGACUCACAGGCUCAUUGUUCAAGAAACGGUGCCCAGGCCUGUUCUGAGGCUGUCAGUGCUGCACUCCAGCCCAUCCACAGGCUUCUGCAAUGUCACAGUGAACUGCUCCAUCCAGAGUGAGUGGCUGAGGUCAAUCUGUGAUGAAGACAGCUGCAGGGCGUCUCAGAGAUCGUUCGACCAGCUCAACAUCACCACAUACAACGACAACAGAACUAUUGUCUGCAGAGGCAACAACUACGUUAGCACGAGCAAUAAUUCUGCAAGCAUGGAUGCAAUUUGUUUUAGUGAAGCCAAUCCAGAGGAGGAGCUUAAACCACUUGUAAUAGUAAUAAUUAUCAUUAUGUGUGCAUUCAUCUGUCUGUGUACUCCCUGUUUUGCAACAAGGAUCUCUGCUGCACAAUCAACCGAGCAUGAGGCAGAGACUGCAGCUCCUGACUCAAAGCAAAGGCAGCCAGCGGAGGAACGGCCCCGACCUGGACUCAAUAUACCCUCAUCCAAUCAACCUGAUUCAGAGUGUAACCAUUUAGACACCACAUGGUACCACCAGACCACAAACACAGCACCACCAGAAGCAGAGAAACCUCAUGAAACAAAUACUACUGCUAUAUAUUGCCUUUUACAGUGUCGAACAUAUCGUGCCGUGGCUGAGGAGCUGAACAAAAUCAUUAGCCAUGUCGAACCGUGUCCGAAUGGUGCGAGUGAGGCAGCCUUCACACCAAUGGCCAAAAAAAAGUCAGCGAAUCCCGGACCAAUGGCGAUUUGA